AAGAUGGGAAAGCAGAAAGAGCAUAAGGAGAAGAAAGACAAGAAAAAGAAAAAACAUCGCAAAGACAGAAGCGGAGAUCGCUCGAAGCGGAGCAAAAAGGGCAAAAGCGAGCGGGUUGUCUCGCCUUCCCCGGGAUCUGGGUCUGACUCUGAUGGUAAUGAGAUAGAACAAUGGGUGGAGAAGCCUGCCGCUGUGCAGUCUCCGGAGACAAUCAUCAGUAAUCCCGCCUUGCAAGAAUCAACUGAAGCACCAAAACCGGUGCAGGAGAUCAUGCGAGAUGAUUGGAUGAUGGCGCCCGGAGAAGGUUUUGAUUUUACCCAGAUGGGCGGUAAGAGCGAGCCGCGAAAGAGAGAGGCAGACAUAAAGAGAGAAGACGAAGAGAAAAGGCGUCAAGAAAUAAGGUCUCAGAGGGAACUCAACCCUUAUCUCAAAGAUGGAGGAGCGGGAGUACCUACUGAUGAGUCCUCCUCCACAAAGUCAGUGGGCACGAGAACUUAUGAGUUUGGGGAUAGCGGCGCAAACUGGCGAAUGAUGAAGCUUAAGCGUGUUCUAGAGAUAGCAAACCAAGAGGGUAAAAGCGUAGAGGAGGUCGCAAUUGAACGAUAUGGGUCCUUAGAUGCCUAUGAAGAAGCUCAAGCUGAGCAUGACUUCUUAGAGAGGCAACGAUCUGGGGACCGGAAGGAUGAAUUCGGACGAGACAUACCAUACCGUCCUACUUUUCGAAAAACCGCGUCUUUCCAACGACCUGGCGAGAUCUCUUCUACCAAGCGCCCGGCAGAAGAAUCUGACUCAGAAGGGCGAGCUCUAAAACGUUCGAAGCCGGCAACCAGCGCUCCUUCACGUUCACCAGCUCCUCGUAUCCCAUCUGUUAACGUCCUGUUACCGGCAGCCCAAAGUAGAUCAAAUGACGGUCCGAUAUUAUCGAAUGAUGAGCUCAAUAAGCUCAAUGCCAAUGUGUUAAAGGCAAAGCUCAUGGGCCACCCUGACGCAGUACAGCUGGAAGCCGAGUAUAACCGACAAAAGAAACGAUCUGCAAGUGGCGGGACAAUUAGCGAAGGACAGGCACUGCUCUCAAAUGUGGACAGUCGAGGGAGAUUGCAGGACAUUGGAGUAGCUUCAACUGCGCCGCGCUCCCAAGGUCCCCAGCGACGUCAGCCCUCAAAGUUUGACCAAAAUACACAUGACGAGCAAGGCAAUCGUGUACGAUACUCCGCAGACGACGACAAGCAGGGACUCUCAGACCUGAUUUUGCAAGAACGAAUGGCGGGUGCUCACGACUUUGACACACAUAUGGCUGAGCAAAUCACCCGCGACUCCACUUUUACGAACAAUUUGGAUUACAUGGAUGAUAAUAUAGACCGCCUAUCUAAGAGAAAGCAGCUGUCAGAUGAUCGUAAACGCAACAUUGCCAUUAAUGAUUACCAAAAGCACGAAAAAGCAGUGUCAAAAUGCUCGUACUGUUUCCAGGAGGGCAAAAAACCUAGAGUUCCUAUCGUGGCAUUGGGAGCGAAGGCAUAUCUUGCGUUACCAGAGGUGGUAGAUAUGGUACCAGGUCACUGUAUCAUUGUUCCGUUGGAUCAUGUGUUAAGUUCUUUGGAAUGCGAUGACGAUACCUGGACCGAAAUCCGGAACUUUCAGAAAGCCUUGACGGCGAUGUUUGAUGAGAAUAAUCAAGGCGUGAUUUUUAUGGAACAGGUUAUCAACUUGAAAUGGCAUAAACAUGUCAUCAUUGAAUGCAUACCGCUACCUAAGGACGUAUGGGAAGAUGCACCCGGAUACUUUAAGGAGGCAAUCAAUGAAGCCGAAGGAGAAUGGUCGCAACAUCGCAAAAUAAUCGAUACAUCCAAAAAUGGAUUCCGAGGAUCCAUGGUGAAGCACCUUCCAUACUUCCAUGUAUGGUUUGAUCCGAAUAGGGGAUAUGGCCACAUUAUUGAAGAUUCAGAAAAGUGGCGUGAAUACUUUGGCAGGGAAGUGAUAGCGAGCCCUUUGGAUCUCAGUCCUGACCGAUGGAGAAGACCGAGACGAGUCGACCCGCAGUAUAACGGGCCCCGCAUGGAGUACUUUCUGGAGAAAUGGAAAAAGUACGAUUGGACAGCGGCCUUGGAUGGUGGCGAUUACUAGAAGCGAGCGCGUAGGGCAACAAGUCCAAAAUGACGCCGCUGCGCGGAAGGCCAACGGGGCCUUUCUAUCGCUGGAUAUGGGAUCCGUGCUGUCGAUAAUCUUUCGGUCGCUGUGCCAAGACAACAUCUCCUUUGUCCAUAGUCAUUUUGGUUCCUGUGAUUUCUCGGAUACGUUGACUGGCUUUGUUGGAUUUGGGCGCUUUUCUGACGGGGGAAGAUUAGGAGAGGCCCCUUCCCUUUGAAUGUUCGUUGAUCUGGUUCGAACGUCGUCCAUAGAGUCGUGAAAAUCCCGCCUGUAGCACCACCCUCAAUAUCUCUUCAUUUUUGGUCUCUAGUUUUUGAGAAUCACUUACAUAGCUUGACUCAAAUCCUCCAGCUGAAAUGGAAACGGCCCAUAUUAGAGCUUAUAUUUGCACGUCGAUGAAACUGUAAUUGUUCACUCCUACCCGGAGCAUGAGAUUGUUGACAUCCGCC